CCAGAUUUUGUGCUGCAGGGGCCAUGAAAUAAUGUUUUUACUUGCUGUUAAGGAAUGAUAAGAAACCUAUUUGCCAGACUUUAAUAACGGAUUACAAUAGAAAAAGUUCUUAGUAGUAUUAUGGCAUAAAUAUGAAACCUGUCAGAUUUCAAUACCUUUUGGAUCGCUCCAGUACAGUUCCAGAGACUUGUAGACUCAAUGAAGCUGUUCUGCUGGUUCCUGGGUGCCCAAGUGCUUAGUAACACAUUAACAUAUAACAUUAACAGUAACAUGUAUAAAUUAAUUGUAUUUGUCUCCAAAACUACAUACGUCUCUACAAAACACUAUUUGGAUGCACCUUAGAAUGUCAGUUAAGAUAUUAAAUUAUAUCUUGACAUUAGCCUACAGUUUGUACAACAGCUGGAGGUGUAAUAUAUCAAAAACUGCAUAAUGCAAAACAAAACAUCAUAUAACAUCGUAGGUUUUGUAGGCACCAUAAUAUGUAAUGUAUUAUUUGACAUAGAUGUCAGUUUAUUACCGAGGCAUUCGCAUCCAAAACUGCUGCACCAAAUGACAUGAAAACAAUGCAAUUAAGUGAAGUGUUUGACUUAUCUGUAAGGUUUUUAGACGUGACUUUGCUCCUCCUGCCUUUGCGUGCGCGCGCGCGUGUGCGUGUGUCUGCGUGCGUCUGUGUUCAGUGUCGGAACUUAAAUGCAGAGAGCAGGCUGGUCCGAGCCGCACUUCUCUGCGGGAUGAAAACCCGACUCCUGCGCAUCAUUUUACUUUAAAUUGAAAGCGGCUGCACGCGGAUCUUUGUUUUUAAAAAUUCAGAAAUGACUUUGACAUGUAUUUAUUCAGUUCUUGGAGAUUAGCUGAAUUAUAGCUGAAUUACAUAUUAGCUUUGCCAUGAGCAAAUAAAAACAACCGAAAAAUGUACACGUUACUGCGCGCUUAUUUUACAUGCAAACGCGUCUUCAGGAUAGCGGAUAAGAUCCCUUCCGUUUUUUACAGUUUGGUAUUUUCCCUAGUUGUUAAUACGAAUCAGAUCACUGAUUCACAGUGUCUGCGGUUUGGGGUGCAGGUAGUAAUCCGUCUGAAUGCUUGAAUGAAUCCGAUUGAAUUUUUUUUUUUUUUUUUUUUUUUUGGAUUGUCCAGUUAUAUACGGUUGAAGAAGAUUUGUUUCUGAGGGAAUGAUGGAUCUCCCUCAAUAGACUGUAAAAUUCUGAGCUGUCAAUUCAACUUAAUUUGUAGUUGAUCAGCAACGGGAUAUAUUUUUGGAGGAUAUUUCCAUCGGGACUAACUCUGUCCCCUCAGAAACAGGGAACUCAUGAAGGAUUUAAAUCAGGAGCCAGACGCAAAAGUUUGCAGAAUCUCACAAUGAAGCUGAAAUCUUCUAAAUGGGGUUACCUGUUAAUCCAAUUCAUGACGCUAAUCUUUUACACACAGACGGCAGCAGGCCUGCACUCCGUGUCCGUGCCGAACUUCAAGCAGCACGUGACCGAGCACAGCCGCUUGUCGGACCGCACGAGCCGCCGGUUGACGCGCACCUACCAGCUGUACAGCCGCACGAGCGGUAGGCACGUGCAGGUGUUGAGCAAUAAGAGAGUUGUGGCUAACGGCGAGGACGGAGACGUGCACGCCAAACUGAUUGUGGAGACCGAUACGUUUGGGAGUCGGAUUCGUAUCCGCGGAGCUAAGACAGGCUUCUAUAUAUGCAUGAACAAGAAAGGAAAGCUGAUUGGACGGAGGAAGGGUCAUGGCAAGGACUGCAUUUUCACUGAGAUCGUUCUGGAGAACAACUACACAGCACUGCAGAAUGCCAAGUACAAAGGCUGGUACAUGGCAUUUACACGUAAAGGCCGUCCACGGAAGGCGACACGCACACAACAGCACCAGAGAGAAGCUCAUUUCAUGAAACGCUUUCCACGGGGACACCUGCUCACUGAGCACAAGCCCUUCGAUAUUGUCCCUUAUCAGCUCAACAAGAGGACUAAACACAGCCAUCGGCCUAGUGUCAACUAAGGAUGCCCACUGACACACACACACACACA